GCCCAAUCACGAGGGAGCCAGCCAUUGCCGCCAUUUCACCGCUCCGCUCACGAACCCCUCUCGCCAGCCCAUUCUGACGACCAUCGCUCCUUUCCGACCGCUUUCCUCGGCUUGCUGGCAUCGACACCCACCCAGCCAAACCAAACGAGAUCGUCGCAAUGGGAGGAGCAAACUCAAGCAAUAUCCCGAGUGUUUCGCAAUCUGGAAGUGAUAUACCAAUGAAGAAAGAUCAUCCGGUGGUUUAUCGUACGAUGCCGGUUGCCGCUUACCACGCUCCUUCUCAACAAGCAAUACCGGUCCUGAGAAGCGAUGCUCCAAGCACCACCGGCAACGCCACGGGAAAUAAGACGAGUCCUCCCGAAGCAACUCCUCAGCCAUCGGCGCCAGCGACGAAGCGAACCAAACUAUCCGACACCCCGGUUGCGGCAGUCCAGCUUCUACCACCGCCACCACCCAUACCAAGAGUUCCUCCUCCGCCGCUAGCAGAGACAGACCGCUGUCGCCCUGGUUUAAAUGCGGAUAUGGCGAUCGGCGGUGGCAGUCGAUCCAACGACACAUCCCACACCGCACCGUUGAUCCAUCAGCAGAUAACGCCACCUUCACCCACGCCCACACCAAAUCGUAAGCCUGCUCGGAUGGGUCCCCGACCCGUUGAUCUUCCCACAACCUCGCCUGCUCCCUCUGCCAAUCCUCCCGCCAUCUCCCACAUCGAGGGGCCACCUUCCCCCAGUCCAGCUCGCAACCUGCGCAAACGUAAGGAACCCGAAAAUGACGCCGCAAAAUUGGCCGAACUCUGCAGCGACGCCGCAAAGCAAGGCGAUGCCAGCGCUCAAUACGAACUCGCCAACCGCUUCGCCCGCGGCGACGGCUUUCGAAAGUCUCUCUCUAAUGCCAUCGCGUGGUUCACGAAAGCCGCCACCCAAGGUUAUCUCCAAGCACAGCUCAAGUUGGCCCAAUGCUACCGAGACGGUGAAGGAGUCGACAAAGACGUCUCAAAAGCCGUCGAGUGGUACGUCAAAGCUGCCGAUCAAGGCAGCAAAGACGCCCAAUACGAAGCAGGCCUCUACUACAGCCAGCGCCCAGGAAUACCCCACGAUCAACUCAAGGCCAUCGCCCUGUUUUUCAAAGCCGCCGAACAGGGCCACGCAGGAGCACAGCACGAAAUCGGCCACUAUUAUUACAAGUAUGAGUGGACCACCGACCAGCACUUCGCCUCGGCUGUGAAGUGGUUCACCAAGGCCGCUGACCAGGGCGACUCCAAAGCUCAGCAUCGUCUCGGCCUUUGCUUUGCUUCUGGAGAGGGUGUCACCCAGAGCCAAACAAAAGCGGCGAAUUGGGCAUCGAUGGCUGCAGAAAAUGGCCACGUCCAAGCCCAAAUUGCACUCGCACGCUACUACCACUCCGGAAAGGGGGUCUCAGUCAAUGAGAUUGAGGCGUCCAAGUGGUUCCGCGAUGCCGCUAACCAGAAUGACUCUGAGGCCCAAUACGAGCUCGGUCAGCGGUACGCCCGCGGUCUCGGUGUCGAUCAAGACCCUUUUCAAGCGGCCGAAUGGUUCGCCAAGUCAGCCAAACAAGACCACCCCGAGGCCCAGCGGGAACUUGCGCGUUGCUAUUGGGACGGCAUCGGUGUCAACCAGAACAACACGACAGCCUUUGAAUGGAUCAGCAAGGCGGCAAAGCAAGGAAAUGCCACAGCACAGUAUGACCUCGGCUGUGUCUAUGGUACCGGUAAGGGUGUCGAACCAGACGACAACAAGGCGAUCGAAUGGUACACGAAAGCGGCCGAGCAGAGUCACAUUGAGGCCCAGCACACCCUCGGAAACUACCACUGUCGUGGCGAAGGAAAUAUCCAAGACUAUGUCAAGGCAAUUAGCUGGUACAGCAAAGCGGCGGAGCAGGGCCAUCUCGCUUCGCAGCUCAGGUUGGCUUGGUGCUUCCGCAAUGGCGAAGGGGUGGCGAAAAACGACUCGAUAGCGGCCGAGUGGUUCUCCAAAGCCGCCAACCAAGGAGACGCUGAUGCUCAAUACAGCAUCGCCGUGUGCUUCAGCAAAGGUCAGGGAGUCGGUCAAGAUCGCAUCAAAGCAACCGAAUUCUACGCGAUGGCCGCUAACCAGGGGCAUCUUGAUGCACAGUGCCGCCUCGGGCAUUGCUACUACAUUGGCGAGGGCGUCGCCAACGACGACUCCAAGGCCUUUGAGUGGUUCACCAAAGCCGCAGCAAAAGGUCACCCAGAGGCCCAGUGCCGACUCGGGAAUUGCUACUACACUGGUCGCGGCGUCGCCCACAGCUUCGAUAGUGCGUUCGAAUGGUUCAGCAAGUCGGCUGCUCAGGGAUACGCCGACGCAGAGGUGCAGACGGGAUACUGCUGCAAAUACGGCCAAGGCGUCGCUCAAGACCACUCACUGGCAUUCGAGUGGUUUACUAAGGCGUCUUUCAAGAACGAUCCUGCCGGACAGACUCAGCUCGCACAUUGCUACCACAAUGGUCUGGGGACGAAACAAAACCACACCCAAGCGAUCGACUACUACACUGCCGCGCACGAACAGGGAAAUGCCGAGGCUAGCUUCCAUCUUGGCAAGUGCUACUACGAUGGUUGUGGAGUCACAAAGGACUGCGGGGCGGCCAUCAAAUACUACGAUGCUGCCGUCAAACAAUCCACGAUUGACGCAAAUCAAGGCGAUCCAAUGGCUCAAUAUCGUCUCGGCAGCUGCUACUACCUCGGCAAAGGCGUCAUCGCGAACUUCGAAACAGCAUUCGAGUGGUAUCGGAAGGCCGCUGAUCAAAAUCAUCCGGGGGCGGCAUAUGCACUGGGAGUGUGCUAUCAGAAGGGGUGGGGCGUAAAAGUCGACAUCGCCAAAGCAUUCAUGCUCUUUGCAAAGGCGACGGAGCUUGGUGAUACCACUGCAUUGGAUAUGAUGCAAAAGUUCUCAAGCAACCUCACAGCAUGCCAGUUCUAAAAUAAGAACCAUUAUACCUUGGCUGGGGAGCGUUCACACCCUCCGCACUUGUCCCGACACACCAUGCACCCUCCUCCGUCCGUGUUCGCUCUGCCCGGUGGUGUCCGAUCCUGCUGCCACUAACGUACACUGUACUCAGGGGGAAAUGGGACACCUGCCCACAACCCAUAUGUCAACGUAGUAUGUGAUGGCAUGCGUCUAACUAUGCCAUAAGAAAUAGAACAGAUCACUUUGGC